CCUCUUCAUUCAGAUCGAUUCCAUCUGCUCUGCUCCUCUAGAGAACCCUGCCUAACACUGGCAUCCGAGGUUCUCUGUGGAGGAAAACAAGGUAGAGCUGAGAUGAAGGUACCUGGGCUUCAGCUGGCCAAAAGAAGACAAGCAGACACGAGCUGACUGUGGACAAGGACAGCUCUGAGAAGCAAGCCUUGCUUGCCCUGAGACAUGAACUGGAAUGUGGCUGGAACUGAGAACCCAAAGCUAACGGGAAAGGACACAGGCUGUGUCAGGACACACUUCCACACACCCAAGGCCCAGGACCAUGCUGACUGUCAGCCCUCCAACUGGCCCACUACUGCCCCCCUUCCCUGUCUGCCAGCUGCCAGCAGGGCUCUGCCCUGUGUCUACCACACCUGUCACUGCCUAUCCUUGUCCGAGGGGGAUGAGUAUUAGCCCCUCCUCAGCCUCCCAGCGGAGCAAGCAGUUAGUGGGGAGGGGAGGGAACAUGGACCGGGGACCGAUGGUGGGGGCAGGGUCGGGGGCCGGGACCCGAGUCCGAGCACUGCUCGGAUGCCUGGUCAAGGCGCUGCUCUGGGUGGCCUCUGCCUUACUGUAUUUUGGAAGUGAACAAGCCGCGCGCCUCCUCGGCAGCCCCUGCUUACGGCGCCUCUACCACGCUUGGUUGGCAGCAGUGGUCAUCUUUGGGCCCCUUCUGCAGUUUCAUGUCAACUCCCGGACGAUCUUCGCUAGCCACGGCAACUUCUUCAACAUAAAGUUUGUGAAUUCAGCAUGGGGCUGGACAUGUACCUUCUUGGGGGGUUUUGUGUUGCUGGUGGUGUUCCUGGCUACACGACGCGUGGCAGUGACGGCCAGGCACCUGAGCCGACUGGUGGUGGGGGCAGCUGUCUGGCGGGGGGCCGGCCGGGCCUUCCUACUCAUCGAGGACCUGACCGGUUCCUGCUUCGAGCCUCUGCCCCAGGGCCUACUGCUGCAUGAGUUGCCUGACCGCAGGAGCUGCCUGGCAGCCGGCCACCAGUGGCGAGGCUACACUGUCUCCUCCCACACCUUCCUGCUCACCUUCUGCUGCCUCCUCAUGGCUGAGGAAGCCGCUGUAUUUGCCAAGUACCUGGCCCACGGGCUACCAGCUGGGGCCCCCCUGCGCCUUGUUUUCCUACUCAAUGUGCUAUUGCUGGGCCUCUGGAACUUCUUGCUGCUCUGCACCGUCAUCUACUUCCAUCAGUAUACCCACAAGGUGGUGGGCGCAGCAGUAGGCACGUUUGCCUGGUACCUUACCUAUGGUAGCUGGUACCACCAGCCCUGGUCUCCUGGGAUCCCAGGCCAUGGGCUUUUCCCCCGAGCCCGCUCAAUCCGCAAACAUAACUGAAAGAAAUAAAAGCAUACUAGGCCUGG